CUCCCUGUCUACUGCUAGCAGUAGAGCUAGAGUGUAAUUUGCGAUUGUGCUACUGAUCAUAAAAAUAUUUUAUAUUUCCGUAAAGCUGUUUUAAGUAACAAUAUUUUCAGUUCUAUCAUUCGUAAAAAAAUUGCCAUUGUAUUAAAAGAUGGCUUGCUCUAUUAUACGACAUCCUCUAUGGAAAACUCCCAUGGUUCGUAAUUAUGCUGUUGCAGCAGCAGCAUCAGCAGCUCAACAAUGUCCAUCUUCUAACACCAGCCUCAAAAUCCUUGACAACAAGAUCACUAUUGCUAGUAUUGAAAACAAUAAUCCUGUGACUCAAAUUUCUGUUAUAUUCAAAGCUGGAUCUCGCAAUGAAACAUAUGAUACACAGGGUAUAUCACAUAUGCUAAGAAUUUGCACAGGUUUAACAAGCAAUGGUUCUAGCAGUUUUGGAAUCACAAGAAAUAUACAGCAAGUAGGAGGUGAUUUGACAGCUGUAUCUGAUCGUGAACAUAUUUCUUAUACUUUGAAAGUAACUAGAAACAAUCUAAGUCAUGCUCUCAAAUUUUUGGAGGAUGUUGCUACAGGUCAGUUGUUUAGACCUUGGGAAAUAUUAGAUGAAAUUCCAAGAUUGAAAUACGAAGUAUCUACAGUACCUGAUUUCGUACGAGUCAUUGAACUGCUCUACAAAGCAGCAUAUCGAGAUGGACUUGGUUAUUCUCUCUAUUGUCCCAAAAGACAAAUUGGAAAAUUAGGUUCAGAAACUUUGAGACACUUUGUUUCAAACUUUCAUACUGGAUUUAGAUGUGCUGUUACAGCAAGUGGUAUUCCUAUUGCUGAGUUGGAAACAUUUGCCUCAUUAUUAAAAGUUUCCACUCAACAUUGCGAGAAUACUCAAUCUCAUUACCAUGGUGGUGAAAUGAGGAAAGAACGCAAUUCUCAACUAGCUAGUGUAGCUGUAGCAGUAGAAGGAGCCAGUCUUAAGAAUUUUAAAGAAGCUAUUGCAUUUGCUGUGUUACAAAAAGUUGCAGGUGAUGGGCCAAAGGUAAAAUGGGGAAAUUGUAAUGCCCCUCUACAUAAGGCCGUUGCAUCUGCAGGACAAGAACCUUUCGCUGUGUCAGCUUUUAAUGCUAGUCACACAGAUAGUGGACUUUUUGGAUUUAUUCUAUCUGCACCAGGUCAAUAUGCAGGAUCUUUGACCCAAGCCGGCGUGAAGUGGUUGAAAUCGCCGCAAUUUUCCGAUUGUGAUGUUGCACGUGGCAAAGCCGAUUUAAAAACUUUAGUUUUAUCUGCUGGAGACAGUCAGUGUUUGACACAUGAAAAUAUUGGACUUCAAGCUCUUUUCUCAGGCAGUAUUAUAAGCGCAGAUACUAUUGCUGCUGAAAUUGAUAAAAUAUCUGUAGCAGAUAUAAAAAGUGUGGCCAGUAAAGUAGCAAAAGGAAAAUUAUCAAUGAGUGCUAUAGGUGAUCUAUCAACUGUUCCUUACGUAGAUCAACUAUAAAAACGUACAUAUUCAAUAUAUGGAAAAGCUGUCAUUUUUCAAAAUUUAUUUGUAAAAAUAAUACAGCCACUAUUAUAUAUAUUUAUUCUUGAAGAAAAUACAGCUAAGAGUUGUUAAAUACUUAGAACAAGAUUGGAAAAGUUAUAUGAAUGCUUCAA